CUAAACCCCGGCUAAAUUAACACAAUACUGGGCGUCUGAAUAUCUGUUGAAUAUCGAACUUCCAACCAACUGUACCACGGUGUCUACAACUACAUGGACCAGUCUGCAAUUUAUGUAUACGUCACUGCCUAACUCCUCCCCAGACAGCUGGUGAAGUGAAGCGGAUUGCUAGAUCUACGCGUUAGAUUCUAAGUAGCCUAGUUAGACAUUAUCGUUAACUAUUUCGCACCAGAGUGUUUAAAUGGCGAAAACAUACGAUUAUCUGUUCAAACUCUUGCUAAUUGGAGAUAGUGGAGUAGGCAAGACAUGUCUUCUAUUCAGAUUCAGCGAAGACGCUUUCAAUACCACCUUCAUAUCAACAAUAGGUAUAGACUUCAAAAUCAGAACAAUAGAGUUAAACGGAAAGAGAGUCAAGCUACAAAUAUGGGAUACUGCAGGACAGGAGAGGUUUCGAACUAUAACCACAGCAUACUAUAGGGGAGCCAUGGGCAUAAUGUUGGUCUAUGACAUCAGCAACGAGAAGUCCUUUGAAAAUAUAAAGAACUGGAUUCGUAAUAUUGAAGAGCAUGCCUCAUCUGAUGUGGAGAUGAUGAUCCUCGGUAACAAAUGUGACAUGACUGAAAGGAGACAGGUGUCUAAAGAUAGAGGAGAGAAGGUAGCAAUUGAUUUUGGAGUAAAAUUCUUGGAAACGAGUGCUAAGUCAAGUUUAAAUGUUAAAGAGGCUUUUUAUACCCUAGGCAGAGACAUCAUGCAUAACCUCAACACUAAAAUAACGGACAGCAAUCCACCGGGAGGUAGUGGUCCUGUCAAAAUCACAGAGAAGAAGUCAAAGAGAAUCAAAUUCUUCAAAUGUACGCUGCUCUAGAGGUGCCUGUCAGUCUUAAAAGCAGCUGUGCUUAGUGUAAUUGAGAAGUCCUAAUGGUAGAGGCUCAGAGAUCUAGCGGUGGUCUCCCAGAUCGUGAUCGUCGUGAUCCCAUCAUAAGUCCCAAACUGCAGAGGAGUUCAAGCUGCUCACACCGUAAUGACCUUCACAUAGACUCAACUACCAACCCAUGGAAGGCUAUGAUUUGUGUUAACAUUGACUGGUAUCAUUACUGUCUCUGUGCUUGCAAAAUUAUCUCUGUGCUCUUGUACAGUUUUCAACUCAAAAGGUCCUCAUACUUAUUUGUUUUUGCAUAACUUGGUAUUUGACUCAGAGGCGGAGGUUUCAUUAUACAUGUCCCACAUGUAAACGACAAAUCUGUCCUCCGCACUUUUUAUUAAGGAAAUUACGUUUAAUGGCUGCAUCCAAAAAACUGUCCCACGGACAUUUGGAAACAAACCUAUGCCCCUGGUUUGACUUAAAUCAGGCUAUAUUCAGUACUACAGUAGCUAUCAGGGUUGUGCACCCAUAAUAAUGUGCAUGUGAAUGUAUAUUCAAGUGUUCUAACAAAGUGGUAUGCAGGACUCACGCAUUUGCUGUGAGACUCAUGCAUUUCAACCAGUUCACACACUCUCACGCAACACCUUGGAUAUCUCACGCAGAGAUAUAUAUAUAAUUAAUGGACGAGGCAAAGGCAUACGGAGCUAAGUUUUCUGCUGAGUUGAUAGCUGUCUCGAGUUAUACAGAGUUAAAUGCCACCUACCAACCCCCUCCCCCGGUCUCC